GACGGACGUCAGCUCUCAGUAGUAAACAAAAGAAUGGUAUUAGAAUCAGUAUGAGGGAUGCACAACGUCUCCACGUUACCUUCAAAAAUGUCUCUCACUCCCACUGUGGUGAAUUACUGAUGCCUGACUGCACCUAAAGAAAAGGACUACUCUUGCAUAGCCCACACACACACACUCACUCACACACACACUCACACACACACACACUCACAUAGACAUUGCCUGGUGCCCUGGUUCUUCACAGCCAUGCGGCACACCAGCCGACCAGCCUCCCUCCUCCUCUUCCUCCUCCUCCACAUCCUCCUCCUCCUGACCGUGUCCACUCAGGCCGAGGCCAAGAAGAAGACGCAGGGUCCCGCCUCGCGCUCCGCCGUCCCGGGCUCUGGAGAGCUGAGCACCAAGGCCGGCCACAGCUGCACCUGGGCCACCUCCGCCUCCACGCCACCCUCCUCCUCUGAUGGGGAUGGAGCCACAGGACCCCAGGAGGACCAGCUCGUCUCCCUGCAGGUCAGCUGCACCAUCCCGGGAGGAGAGACGCCGGCUCAGACCUACGAGUGCCGCUUUGCAGGGCGGCCCGAGCAGUGCACGGCCUACGCUGACAAGGCCAACCAGUACUGGAAACAGGUGGUGGGCAAGCUGAAGAAGAGGAGCAAUGCCUGCGACGGGGAGAAGGUGCUGAAGACCAGGCUGUGCAAGAAGGGGCCGGGGGCCGCACACGUCCGACUGGUGGAGAGGAGCGGAGAAGGGGAGGAGAAAGACAUCGGCGGUGGGGACAUCGUACAGGAGGAACGACAGAACCAGAAGAAGGAGAAGAAAGAGAGGGGGAGGGAGAGGGAGCGGGAGAGGCAGACGGAGACAGAGAUCAUACCUCUGGCUAAGGAGACGGAGUUGGCUGCCCGGAGGAUGGAGAGGGAGGGGAGGCAGGAGCCACUGGUGGGGGCCCGAGGGGGCCAUGGAGGGGGCAUGGGGGAGGAGGAGGGCCAGAGGGCAGACUCGGAGGUGUCCAGCUACUGCGCAGAGGGGUGGCACUCGCUCUGUUCCUUCUUCGUCAAGUUCUUCGAUGGGUAAAGAGGUUCUGAAAUAAAUCACUCUGUGUUCUUUUCUAUUAUUGUUUUUUUCCCCCAUCAAUCAGGUGUUGCAGAUGGCCUCUUUCAUGAAAAGGAAACAUAGAAGAAAACAACGAUUGUUUUUUUUCCGUAAAGGAGCGUAAUCAAUUAAAAGUGGGAAUCCUAUUGUGAACAUGAUUAAACGAGAGUACACAUUAUGGGAAAUGCUUAGAGCGCCCUUUUUUUACUUUAAGUCUUUGAGUUAGAUACAAGGCACUUUUCAUAGACAAAAACAGCUGAGGACAGGUUAUUGUCUGUAGAAUUUGAUGUAUAAUAUUUAAGGCAAAGCUGAUUCUAUCUUUUAGGUACAAUCUUUUGUUGUUUUUAGAGAACACUAACAUUUUGUAAAGUCCAUAGCACCUUUGUGAAUAAAUGCACAUUUAGAUCAGGAUUUUUUUCAGUUACUCUUUUGUAAAUUCUAUUACUUCUGUGAAUAAAUACAAUUGUAGAUUUUAA